CUACCUUAUUUAAGACCGCACGCCCAGUCGCCUACUAGUCGUGACCAUACGUCGUCUAGGACAGACUUGCACAAUGAGCAGCUUGGAAACUGUACUCCCGUCCUGUUAAUGAUAAUUGAAUCUCGAUAGGGUCUGCAGCUUUUUGUCCCCCUCAAACUCUCGCGCCGCCCUCAUCGCAUCGCACCUUGGUUGGGUCGAGUCCCGUCUCUCUCCCCAUGACGUGCGUGUAGUUGGGACACUUGCUUGCCGCUAGAAUGGUGCACUUCGUCUUGGCGAGAAUCAAUGACCUGUUUCGCUUCAAUUAAUCAAUUGAGCUCUCGGAGCUGAACAAAAUAGAGUUUAUUUUUGGGGCUAUUUCAUUCCUCGACGGAUUUGAUAUUCCCACGGCCCAAGGAGAACACGAUGCCCAUCUGGAGAAGUUCUGCGCCGAAGUGGAUAUCCGCUCUGUUCCGCUUCUGUCUCUGGCUCCAGUGGUUGGCGAUGUUGGAGAAGGCGGAGGCCAUCCACCCAGACUGUGCCCUAGUGGUGCAGCUCGUCAAGGCCAAGGAGAACUGCAUCUGGGCUCGCCGUCAGGAGGCACGCAACCGCACCUCUGCAUCAGGCUGUCAGACAAAGUGGGAUGACAUAAGGUGCUGGCGGGGGGCUCCGGUGGGCCAGGUGGUCCGCGUCUCCUGCGCCAACGUCUCCCAGAUGUUCGCCAACAACGAAGGUUACGUGUACAGGAACUGCACGCGGAAGGGCUGGUCGGAGCCGUAUCCCUCCUAUGAAGAGGCUUGCGUGUUCGCAGGGGACCCUGAGAGUGGGUCAGAGACGACCACAUACUUCUCCAACUUCAGGCAGGUGUACACAGCGGGUUACGCCACCUCCCUCGUCGCUCUCAUCUCAGCUAUUUGUGUCUUCACUGUGUGCAGGAAGUUCCACUGCACCAGGAACUACAUCCACAUCAACCUGUUCUCCUCCUUCAUCCUGAGGGCCAGCGCCGUCUUCAUCAAGGACGGGGUCCUCUUCUCCGAUGAGAACCUCGACCACUGCUUCAUGUCCACCAUUUCUUGUAAGUCUGUAGUGGCCUUCUUCCAGUUCAGCAUCUUGGCAAACUACUUCUGGCUGCUGGUGGAAGGGAUGUACCUCCAGACCCUACUGGCUCUCACCUUCGUCUCCCAGACCAAGUACUUCUGGUGGUACAUCCUGAUCGGCUGGGGUUUCCCCACUACCAUCAUAAUGGCCUGGAUCCUCACAAGACACUUCUACGAUGACAACGGCUGCUGGGAUGAUACAGAUGUGGUGUUCAUCUGGUGGAUCAUCAAAGGACCAAUCACGGCCUCACUACUGGUCAACUUCCUCAUCUUUAUGAACGUGAUUCGCAUUCUUGUUCAGAAACUCAAAUCUCCUGGCGUCGGUGGCAAUGACACCAGCAACUUUAUGAGGCUAGCCAAGUCCACCCUGUUCCUCAUCCCUCUGCUGGGGAUGCACUACAUGGUGUUCGCCUUCCUGCCAGAGAACACAGGAGCAGAGGCCCGCAUCUUCAUAGAGCUGGGCCUGGGCUCCUUCCAGGGCUUUGUGGUGGCCCUGCUGUACUGCUUCCUGAACGGAGAGGUCCAGGCAGAGCUGAAGAAGCGUCUGUGCAAGUGGCAGACCCAGAACUACCUGCGCUACAGCAAACGCCGCCGCACACUCUUCAUGGAGAGCAGCACAAUCACCCAGAGCUCCGUCCUGGACAAGUCCAGCCCCAAGGACCGGCCGGCCUCAGAAACAUGCACACUGAUGUGCACCGCCACAUAGUUGCGUCUCAUCUUUCUGAAUCAACGCCGCCGGUUCAUUAAGGCUCACUGGUCCUCCACACUCGUCAUACACACCUCAUCGGAGGUAGAGAAUUCAGGUCCACAAAGUAAAAUAAGCCCCGUGCCGGGUCGGCCAACCACUGGCAAUGAGUCAGUUGUUUGACCUUGUGCUUUUUUUAGCUUUACUUACGCACGGACACAAUGAGAAAGGACAAAAGUGUUUACAGUUGACAUGGCGUCGAUGGUUUACGUGCCAUACAACAUGCUCUAGCAGUGAACAACAAUAUAUUCAUAAAAUGAACGAAAACAACACAUUUAAGGGAUUCUACCUUUAUUUAAUCAAAAAACGUAUUUUAUACCUGUAAUAUAUUUAACUUUAACAUUUGAAUGUUGAGUUUACACAAUUAUAAUAAAAACAAUAUUUACUUAUUUAACCUGAUGAAUCCCUUUUUCUAGUCAGGUAAGAAGUGCUUUAGAAUUCAAACUCUAGAAACAACCAUAAGUCAUAGGGAUGGACUUUUACUUUCUGAACCUGGAAAAUCUACUUUCGCUGAUCAUCUUGCUACUUGAAAAACCUAAAAAGUGACCUUCAUCUGGUCUCUUCCACUUCCACACUGUAGAUAAUUGAUGGGAUUUUCAUUCCCUGAAACCACACAGAAAUGAAAAUGGAACUUAUGAAACUUAAUUUGUGUAUAAUUUAUACAUAAAACAGCUAUUUCAAAGUGUGACCAGCACAAAAAUCUAUUGCCAGGAACAACAUGUCUCUGGUGAGGUGAGUUAAUGCUAUUUCUGUAUCGAUGUGACUCACCAUAUGAAUGUCGACACCGUCAUUCCUUGACCUUCUUGGCCAAUCAAGAAACUGCAAAUACAACAACGCCCGUGUUUCACCAGAGAUGGCGCUGUCUCCCUUUUAGAUUCUAGUAUUCUGUGACACUUGUAACAGAGCUAACCCUUACCCUAACCCAUACUAGUGAUUCAAAGCCAGCUGAAACAACCAGGUUAUGGAGGAGGAUUUAAAAUAAAUGGCGGUUUAAACCUCAAAUAAAGGGACAACGUCACGCGCGGCUAUUUUCUUGUAUAAAAGAGUACUGCCUCAGACGUGUGGAGAAAAUUCUCAGCCCAUAGGCCCAUCGAUGUCAUUCUCCAUAGGACCGAUGUCAUCAAUGGUAUGAUUUUCUUGGCGUGUCCCAACACGUGUACGAAGCAGAACUCUCUUAUAUUAGAAUAUAGCCGAGCACGACGGUGCCCUUUGGACCUUCUCUGUCGGAGGAUCCACAUUUCUUGCACAGUGAACACGCGCACACUCUGGAGCACUAAACAGUCCAUUAGGUUGUCCUUUUGUAUGGUUCUGUGUUGUAAUUAUACAUAUGUUAAUAGCGGCACAUAUUUUAUCAGGUUUUCAGCCGACAGGAAUUGUAUAUCAUCAUCAUCAUCAUAUUGAUACAAUGUUAAUCAAUAAUUCCUUUAUUGAAUAAUAGAUAUUAACUAUUGCUGACAAAUAGUAUAACAAUGGGAUGAGAUAUGAAUGAUCUUUCCGUCGCAUCAUAGGACAAAAUAUACAUGAUGUCAAUGCUAUAUUAAUGUCUAAUUAAUCAUGAAAUAAUUCAAAAUAAUUUGUUUAAAUGGCCCCUAUUUUACCUAUUUCUUUAAAUAGCCUGAUCUUUUGACGACUCAAUCACACAUCUGGGUGGAAAAAUAGGGGUCCUGUCAACCAUCACUGAACAGGAACAGGAACUAUCAUGUUAUUCGUCAUGAAUACAUUCUAAGAAUACUUAAAAAUAUCUUAAUAUUAAAAUGUAGAUUGCAUUGUAUUUUGAAAAGGAUCUUAUAACUAAAGCAAGCAUCACUUAAUUGAGAGGCUGCUCACUGCAGAGCCAAUGCGGGGAGGAGCUUGGCUUAGUCCUGCUCCCCAUAGGUCCAGCUGCAAUGCCGGCUCAGCUCCAGCCCCUCCUCAACUCACUCAAACAAAUAAGUGGCCCAUGUUAAUUUACCAUGCAACCUGAUUUGCUCUACUUAAACAUAUACCUAUCCAUAACCUUAAACCCUAAACCUAACAAUAACCCUUACCCUAACCCAUUAACCUUACCAUCACCCUAACCCUAAAAAGUAACCAUAACCUUAACCAUAACCCUAACCUUAACCCCUAAACCUUACCAUAACACCUAAACUUUGAACUCUACACCUUACCCUAAUCUUAACCCUUACUAUUUUGAUUGCAGCAAAAAACCUGUUUAGCUGGACUAGGUCCAUUUGGCCCUGCAAUGAGCACCACUUGACUUCAUUGGGCAGUUUUUAACCGUAGGUGUGAUUUCCGAACUGUUGAAAUGACUGCAGAAAUAUUCUAUCAUAUAGUUUAUUGCAUUGCAACUUGUACUAAGUCUUCUUUUGUAAUUAAUGAUAUUAGUUUAUGACUAAGUUAUUGACCAUUAGUUUACAUAAUAUUAAUACCGAACAGAUUUAUUUUACUAAAAUAGCAGGUUCAUAUUGAUGUUCUGAACUAGAACACAAAUAGCCCACUUUACGCUGGUUU